UGACAUUGUCAAGUACUUCUAUUAGUUAAGUUACAAAGUGGAUUCCCACUAGUGAAAGAUGGGGAAGAUGGGAUCUUCCUCAAUAUCUUGCUUUAAUUUCUCUUCUUAUUUCACCUCUAUUACUCUGUUUGCAUCACUCUACAGUAUCUAUUUCGUCUUGAUUUCUGCAAAUGUUAGUGGGUUUGAGUCACUGAUACAGCUCCCAACGUCUGUGUCUUUGAGGAACACUACCCACAAAUCGCAAACCCCUUUUUGUGUCAACGAUUUUGGAGCCAUUGGAGAUGGCAUCACCGACGAUACUAAUUCUUUUAAAGAUGCUUGGCAUAUGGCCUGCAAUUCACCAUCACAAGCGAAGAUUGUUAUCCCUGGUGGAUAUUCUUUCUUAGUUCGACCAAUUAAUUUUGCUGGUCCUUGCCGGUCAAAGGUGACUUUAAGGAUUGAAGGUACUAUUUUAGCACCAAAGGAUCCCGCAGUCUGGGAUGGCUUGAAUCCACGAAAAUGGAUCUAUUUCGUUAAAGUGAAACACCUAACAAUAGAAGGAGGAGGAAUUAUAAAUGGUAUGGGCCAGGAGUGGUGGGCUAAGUCAUGCAAGGUCAACAGAACAAAUCCGUGUCAUCAUGCUCCAACGGCUUUAACUUUCCACAGAUGCAAUAACUUGAAAGUCAGGAAAAUAAAGAUCUUUAAUAGUCAACAAAUGCAUUUAGCAUUUACUGAUUGCAAACAUGUUUCAGUAUCGCAUCUUGUAGUCUUAGCCCCAGCUGAUAGUCCUAACACCGAUGCAAUCCACAUAAGUUCAUCUACACAGGUCAAUAUCAAGGAUUGCACUAUUGGCACAGGAGAUGACUGCAUAUCUAUUGUCGGCAAUUCAUCACGGAUCAAAGUCAAAAAUGUUGUGUGUGGACCAGGUCAUGGUAUAAGCAUUGGAAGCUUGGGCAAGUCAAAUUCACGGUCUCAGGUUUACAAUGUUCAUGUUAAUGGAGCAUCUAUUUCCAACACAGAGAACGGGGUUAGAAUAAAGACUUGGCAGGGGGGUUCUGGAUUUGUCAGAAAGGUUACUUUUGAGAAUAUUUGGAUGGAAAAUGUCUCAAAUCCUAUCAUAAUAGACCAAUAUUAUUGUGAUUCUACGAAACCCUGUUCAAACAAGACUUCAAAUAUUCGCAUUGACAACAUAUCCUUUGUGGGUAUUAAAGGAACUUCAGCUACAGAAAAGGCAAUAACAAUUGCCUGCAGCGAUAGCUGUCCCUGUAGAAAGUUGUACUUGGAGGAUAUUCAACUUACUUCAUUGUCUGGGGAUCCAACAACAUCUUUUUGCUGGCAGGCAUAUGGCUCAACCUCAGGUUUAAAUUAUCCCCCUCCUUGCUUUCCCUGUAAUGACAGCAUUCUUCAGCCAACAGUUUUAUCCAACCGGAGUCAAUCAUUUUGAUUUCUUCUAUGUUAAUAGUACAAAGGCCUGUACCAUAUAUCGGUUGAAAGCUGCUAAAUGAAUUGUCAUAGAUAUUCGUUGUCCUGGGCAAAGCUGCUUAACUUAUCAAGUAAGCGGAACAGUUUGAUCCACAACUUAUCGAUCAGUAGCUGGUCCAAGUACUGAUGUUUAUAGAAGAAAAUAUGAGUGUUGAUUAAUGGAUCUUAAUUAUUUCUGUAAAUGAAGUGCUCAUUCUUUUUCAUGAAAAACAAAAUGUGUGAUAUCUAACAAUGAAAUGCUUCCACAUAUGUAUUUUGUGGAGUUGAAUCUUCUGUUGUAUCUCAAUGUACUAAUUUGCUCGA